AUGUCCGUUAUUCGUAUUGGUAACUAUCGAUUGGGUAAGACACUGGGAGAAGGUUCUUUCGGUAAAGUAAAAUUGGCCGAACAUGAAAGCACUGGACACAAAGUGGCAGUCAAAAUUCUCAACAGACAGAAAAUUCAAAGUUCAAAGAUGGAUAAGAAGAUUAGAAGAGAAAUCAAAAUUUUGAAAUUGUUCAGACACCCACACAUUAUUCGUCUUUAUGAAGUCAUUGAAACAAGCACUGAAAUCUUUCUAGUAAUGGAACACGUCGGAGGUGGUGAAUUGUUUGAUUAUAUUGUAAAGAGAGGAAGAUUAUCUGAAUCGGAAGCUAGAAAGUUCUUCCAACAAAUUAUUUCUGGUGUUGAAUAUUGCCAUCGUUAUAUGGUUGUUCACAGAGAUUUGAAACCUGAAAAUCUUUUACUUGACAAUGAUUUCCAAGUCAAAAUUGCUGACUUUGGUUUGAGUAAUAUUAUGCAUGAUGGUGCUUUUUUAAAGACAUCUUGCGGAUCUCCAAACUAUGCUGCUCCAGAAGUUAUUACUGGUAAAUUAUAUGCUGGACCAGAAGUUGAUGUUUGGAGUUGUGGUGUAAUUUUAUAUGCUCUCCUCUGUGGUAAAUUGCCAUUUGAUGAAGAUAAUAUUCCAACUCUCUUCAAAAAGAUUAAGGAAUGUUCUUAUACCAUUCCUUCACAUGUAUCUCAAGAAGCUAAGGAUUUAAUUCAAAAGAUUUUGGUUGUUGAUCCUGUUCAACGUGCCACAAUUUCCGAUAUCAGAAAGCAUCCGUGGUUUGUAAAGGAUCUCCCUGAUUAUUUGAAAAUUCCACCAUCCAACUUUGGUCACGCUAGUGAAAAUAUCAAUAUUGAUGAAGGUGUUGUUCAUGAAGCCCUUCUUAAAAUUUCUGAUAAGAAAACCAUUACUGAAGAAGAAAUGGAAGAAGCUAUUAAUGAUAUCUCUGAUGGUAAAAUGAAUCGUGUAACUGUAGCAUAUUAUUUAAUUCUUGACCAUAAGAUGAAG